AUGAAGAACCCUACAUUUGAGUUGGGGAUGGAGUUUGCAAACUCUAAGGUGUUCAAGAAUGCUAUUAGGAAGCAUUCUGUUAUAACAAAGAAGGAGCUUAGAUUUAAACCAAACACAAGGCACAAGGUGUGUGCUGUCUGCAGGACAUCUCCUAACUGUCGAUGGAUGAUUUAUGCAUCAAACACUGAUCUAGACAACCCCACCUUAUUCAUCAAAAGUUUGCGGCUUGAACACACUUGUAGUUCACUUGUUGGGAAGGUCUACCAUAUGCAUGCUCCCUUCAUUGCAGAAGAAUAUCAAGAGUUUUUUAUGAGUGAUCCAAAUUGGACAAGGGAAGGCAUGCAGAAUGCAAUUAACAAAGACUUUGGCAUGUCAGUUGGAUAUCAAAUGUGUUAUCGAGCCAAGAUGAGAGCCAAGAAGCUAGCUCAAGGCAGCUAUGAGGACCAGUACAAUUUGGUGGAAUCAUAUGCACGUGAGCUCAAGAAGACGAAUCCUGGAACUUCAGUUUGGAUACAAACUGAACUUGAUGGGGAGAUAGUCAGAUUCAAGAGGAUUUACAUUUGUAUUGCUGCUUUGAAAAAGGGUUGGAGAGAGGGAUGUAGACCAUACAUUGGGUUGGAUGACUGCCACUUAAAGACUGUGCACAAAGGUCAGCUCCUCUCUGCAGUUGGAAUAGAUGGAAAUAAUGGAAUAUAUCCAAUAGCAUGGGCAAUUGUUUAG